GGUUAUGGCUGCUUAUUUUCGUUGUCAAACUGUUCCAAGCUGUGGCUGACUAGGGGUUCUGCCCACGGUUCCUUCAUAUAAGUAGUGUCGUUGUUGCAUGCAAUCUUGGAUAUUUGCGAUUCUCAGUGAAUUAUUUUAACUAUCAAAUACUGUUCUACUGCUCUAGCGCAACCGACCACACCUUCACUACAAUGCGUGUGAAAGCUUGUCUUGCUGCAUUGGGAACGUUUCUGCUCCCAAUUACUGCCGCUCAGUCGUAUGGAGGCACAGGAAGCAGCAAUGCCUCCUCAAGUCUCGCCCCGGAUGAGCAUGGCUUCUACUGGAUCUACAGCGAGGGGCUCGCCGCCGCCUUCAUUCCUUAUGGCGCGUCAAUUGCCAAACUCCUGAUCAACGAUGCAUGGGGGAUUCAACGAGAUAUUGUUGCUGGCUUUGACAAUGCCAGUUACUACGAAAUCGACAAGCAGCACCCCCACUUCGGCAGUGUCCCGGGUCGAUACGCCAACCGCAUCAAGAACAGUACCUUCGAAAUUGAUGGAGUUUCAUACAAAGUGAAUGCCAACGAGAACCCCACAGCUGAGGCUCCGGAUGGCGCAGAUACUCUUCACGGUGGCCACAACGGUUGGGACUACCGGAACUUCACCGUCGUUGCUCAUGCCAACGACAGCAUCACAUUCUCGAUCGUCGACCCUGAUGGCGAGCAAGGCUUCCCGGGAGAAGUGGUUUCAUACGUCACUUACACCGUCCACGACUGGACUUGGGACUUCAAGAUGGUGGCUCUUGCAACGACCAAGAAAACUCCCAUCAUGCUUAGCAGUCACACAUACUGGAACCUCGAUGGGUUUAGUAACAACGAGACCAACACGGCUCUGAAUCACACCUUCUAUAUGCCCUACAGUGGUCAGCGAGUUGGGGUCGACAACAUCCUUAUUCCGACGGGGGACAUCCUUGCCAACCAGCCAGGGUCUGUGAACGACUUCUGGAGCGGACCCAAACAAAUUGGUGCCAGUUUUGGCAACCCAGAACUCGACGGCAAUUGCGGCUUCAACUGUACAGGUUAUGACACUUGCUGGCUCGUCAACCGCGCCCAGAACGGCCCCUACGACUGGCGAACUGACGGCUUCGUCGCCCGCCUGCAGUCGGCCUGGUCAGGCAUCCAAGUUGACGUAUACUCCGACCAAGAAGCCUUCCAGAUGUACUCUUGCAACGGACAGAACGGGUCCAUGGCGCUCAAGACGAGUCAGGGCCUUGAUGAUAAGGAAUAUUUCCCGCGCAUCAUUCCCCAGUAUGGCUGUGUCGUCAUGGAGGUUGAAGACUGGAUUGACGCCAUCAAUCAGCCGGAAUGGGGACGCUCUAGCAAGCAAAUUUACGAACCUGGUGGUGACCCGUAUAUCCUUCAGGCUAGUUAUCGCUUUAGCCACAACACCACGGCAUGAAGCUGCGUGAAGAUUUGUACUGUGCGAUGAACAACUUUUACAAAUACCUUCCCGAGCUGAAUAUAGCUCCAUAGUAUCUAAUUUAAUGCAAAAUUACUUGAUUUA